AUGAGCGGCUGUCACAAUGGAAUAGUCUCAAUGUCGCUUUGGAUCAGUGGCAAUCUGAACGACCGUCAUCUUUCGACCCGAUCUGGGUUGGUCAGGCGGAAUCGAAGACAGAUAAUACCUUUCCCGUUGUACUUUUGA